AUGUCGGCAUCAACGAUGUCGAUCACCGCGACUCCAUCCGCGGCGACUAGGCGAACGGCGGUUCUUGCCGGAGAGAAGAAAUCAAACUUUGAUUACCCACCAAGCGAAUCACUCGCGAACGGUGGCGUAGGUGAAGCCGGUGGUACGAGCAAGGAUCUGAUCCGUGGCGAGGCUGUCGUUGAUCGAUCUAACGGCCAAGACUUAGGCCCUGUGUCGAGGAGGUCUGGUUCCGCCGCGACUGGGACCAAUACAACCGCCACGCAGCGCCGGACUCGGAAGGUUACGACUCCUAAGGCCGAGAAAGCGCCAUGGAAGAGAGUGGUGAGGAUAUUCGCUAAGCAGCUUGCGGCUCUUCUUAUCAUUGUUGGGUUAAUUCAGAUGGCGUUUUCUGGACUAGAGAGACGAAUUGCGGAAGUAGAUGGUCUUGUUAAAGCCACGACGAAUACUAUGCAGGUUCAAGUUGAAUUACUUGAUAAGAAGAUUGAAAGGGAAACGAAAUCGUUGAGGCAAGAAAUCGAGACGAAAACUUCUGUGUUCCAGAGUGAAUUGAAGAAGAUAGAGUCUAGGACUGGUGCAUUAGAGAAGUCAGUAGAUGAAGUAAAUGCUAAACCUUGGGUGUCUAGAGAUGAGUUAGAGAGGAUUUAUGAGGAAUUGAAGAAAGGUAAUGUUGAUGAUUCUGCGUUUAGCGAGGUUAGCAUCGAUGAAUUGAGGGCUUAUGCUCGUGAGAUCAUGGAGAAAGAGAUUGAAAAGCAUGCUGCAGAUGGUCUUGGUCGAGUAGAUUAUGCAUUGGCUUCUGGUGGUGCUUUUGUGAUGCAGCAUUCAGAUCCUUAUCUUGUUGGAAAAGGGAGUAACUGGUUUGCGACAAGUAGUCGACGUGCUCAUACAAAUGCGGUCAAGAUGUUAUCUCCGAGUUUCGGGGAGCCUGGGCAGUGUUUUGCUCUGAAAGGUAGCAAUGGGUAUGUUCAAAUCAGGCUGAGAGGACCAAUCGUACCAGAGGCUUUCACAUUGGAGCAUGUAGAUAAGAGCGUCGCGUACGACAGAUCGAGUGCUCUGAAAGAUUGUCGUGUGUCAGGGUGGCUGCAAGGACAGGAAUCCUCAGUCGAGACAGAGAAGAUGCAACUUCUAACAGAGUUCACCUAUGACCUAGACAGGUCGAACGCACAGACAUUCAACAUCUUAGAUUCAUCAAGCUCUGGUCUGGUCGAUACUGUCAGGCUAGACUUCACCUCCAACCACGGAAGCAACUCCCACACUUGUAUCUACCGGUUCAGGGUUCAUGGACGUGCACCAGACCCAGUCUCUGUUGUGGAAACCCAUUCUGAUCAAUGA